GCUCAACAUCUCGCCCAAGUUUCCCAACUCCAACACCCCAUAAUCCGACAAAAAUCGCCACAGCGGUCCGCCUUCAAAAAACUCCGGCGUAUUCUAUCAGGGCGUCUCCUUGUGGUUGCUGCUGCCUUCCCCGGCUCAAUUCCGACAAGAAUUUCCCUCCCCUCACACCAAUACCGCCGCCAAAGAAGAUAAUUCCACCCUCACCUCCUUUUCUCUCCACCCCUCCUUCCUCGAACUCUCCUUCUCUCUCUCUCUCUCUCUGUUUCAUUCCAGCUCUCGUAUACCUCCCUCCAUCCGCCGCCUCUAAGAAUUCAGUAAAACAAAGUAUAAUAAAAUACACAACCAACCCCCAUCACCAACUAAACAACUAAAAACUCCCAUCAACCAAGAUUUUAAUAAAACUUCCCCAACUAAACAUCUCUAUUACCAUCUCCUCUCUCUCUCCCUCUUUCUCCCCAGCUCCAUCCAUCAAUGGUGAGGAGAAAGAGAAAAACUCCUCCACCACCACCCACAGCAAGAAGUAAAGAGUAUUCCUUCAGUUCUCCUCCAAUGACAUCUCUUCCUCUUUCUGUAUUCUUCCUCUCUUGCUGUCUCCUUCUUGGCUUCGUCCGCUCUCAGAACUCUUCGUGCCCUCUGGACUUCUCGGUCCUCCAGAAGUUUAUCCCGUUCGCGAGUGUCCCCUCGGGCACCGCCGACAGGUGUUCCUUCGUCCUCGAGACACUCCACCUGGUCCUGGCCGAGUACCUCCGCACCGCCGGCCUCUUCCUCCCGCCCGUCGCCUCCGCCGCCGCCUGCUGGUCCUCCUUGAACUCCGCCCUCAGUCCCGUCCUCCCCUCCUCCUUCUCCCUCCCCUCCUCCUGCGGCUUCCAGCCCUCUUGGAUCUCUGAAGGUUGCAUGAACAUCACCACCCGCGCCGCCUUCGAGGCCGUCGUGACGACCUCCGGCAUCCGCGAGAUGGCCCAGAGCUGCAACCAGUCCCUCCUCCCCGUCCCCACCUGCACCGCCUGCACCGCCAGCCUCAGCAACGUCAAGGCCGCGUACCUCACCGGCGCCGUCUACGGCAACGUCACCGACUGCACCGCCUAUACGUUCAUCUACGCCGCCGGCGUCGUCAACCACUUCGGCCCCACCGACGACGGCACCGCCUUCUGCAUCUUCCUCCUGAAUUAUCAGUCGUCCUCCUCCGGCGGCGGAUCGACCGCCUGGAUCUUCGGCGUCGCCGCCGGCUGCCUCGUCGUCGUGCUGCUCGCCGUGCUGGCCGCUUGGUGGUUUUGGAGACGGCGCCGGGAGCGGCUGCGCCGGCGGAGGAGGAAAUCGAUGAGGCCGGAGAGCAGGCCAUCGCUGGCGAUGGAGUCGAUCGGUGCGAGCACGACGCUGAUCAAGUUCACCUUCGACGACAUCAAGGAGGCGACCAAGAACUUCUCGAGGGACAACAUAAUCGGGCGGGGUGGGUACGGGAAUGUCUACAAGGGGUUGCUGCCGGACGGGUCCGAGGUCGCGCUGAAGCGGUUCAAGAAUUGCUCGGGCGCCGGGGACGCCAGCUUCGCCCAUGAGGUCGAGGUGAUCGCAAGUGUUCGACAUGUGAACCUGGUCGCAUUGAGGGGGUACUGCACUGCGACCACCCCUUUGGAGGGCCACCAGAGGAUUAUCGUCUGUGAUUUGAUGCGGAAUGGGAGUCUCCAUGACCAUCUCUUCGGCUCGGGGGGUGCUCGCCUGAGCUGGCCCAUCAGGCAGAGGAUUGCGGUCGGGACGGCGAGGGGAUUGGCGUAUCUGCAUUACGGAGCUCAGCCGGCGAUAAUUCACAGGGAUAUCAAGGCGAGCAACAUUCUGUUGGAUGAAAUGUUCGAGGCAAAGGUUGCCGACUUUGGCCUGGCGAAGUUUGCGCCGGAGGGGAUGUCGCACGUGAGCACCAUGGUGGCGGGGACUAUGGGCUAUGUGGCUCCUGAGUAUGCCCUGUAUGGCCAAUUGACUGAGAAGAGUGAUGUUUUCAGCUUUGGAGUGGUGCUGCUCGAGCUGUUGAGUGGGAAGAAGGCGUUUGUUUCAUUGGGUGAGGGGCAGGCUUUUCUUGUCACUGACUGGGCUUGGUCCCUGGUGCGGAAAGGGAAGACCUUGGAUGUCAUCGAGGAGGGCAUGGAGGAAUUGGGACCGAAGGAGGUGUUGGAGAAGUAUGUCCUUGUAGCUGUCCUCUCCACCCAUCCUCAGUUGCAUGCGAGGCCUUCGAUGGAUCAGAUUGUCAAGAUCUUGGAAACUGAUUCGGAUGUCCCUUCGAUACCGGACCGCCCGCUUUCCAUUAUGGCAAGCAGGGAGGACAUCGAGAGAUCGGCGAGCAGCAGUGGCUCGGGUCAGUUAUCAAGUCUUGCUGGUUUCCAGAUGUUUACCCCCGUGAAUGACGAUGCAAAUUCUGAUGGUCCGGAUGCAGUGUGAUCGCUGCUCGCAUUAAUAGAGGAGGAUGCUGUGAUGUUUUAUAGCCUGAUGGAAGGAGGGCAUUUCUGCUCACCGAAGGGCUUCCGGUAUGCAUGCCCUGCAUUGCUUCUGGAUACGCAUUUUUCGGUUUCAGAUUUCAAGUUGUGGCUUUCAGCUGUAAAUAGGAUGGAAAUCUGAAUUUUUAGUCCCCCACAUUUGGGAGAGAGUUUAUUGUACCAUAUUCUUUUUUAUUUGUUUGCAACGAGAAUUGCCUUUCUUGUUUUUCACAUUCCAUCUACAUGACUGAAUGUAACACUUGAAGCAAUUAAACCAACAGUGUAAUUUUUUGAAGAGAAUGUGUCUCGCUGUAGAUUAGUUUCC